AUGGUCAAGAACGUGUACCAGCGAGUCGCAAAGGUGAGCGACCAAGAGGUCGUUGACGCUGCUACGAUCGAUGCGUCGUCAGCUAGGAACCAUGCGGGUCGAGCUGCUUUCGUGGAUCGAAACUAUUGCCGCAAGGUGUUUCCAAUCCGCACGGGACUAGCAGCGGCGAGUCUCUUGAUUGUUGGGUGGAUCUUGAUCAUCAUAAGCAUGUUCAUUGGUCUGGACGAAGAAAACCGCGGGUUGUCGUGCUUCAUCCUCGGGCUCAUCGCAUUCAUUCCGGGUAGCUACGCAAGCUUUCAGCUCUACGGUGCAUGGAAAGGCUGGAAAGGGUAUGACUACAAUCAGAUUCCGUCAUACGACGAUUAA